GUUACAACUCUCCCUGUUGUGCACGUGACGCUGACUGUGCCUGGUCUCGUGCAGAUCAUCCAGGCGCACGGCGGUGCAGUGGACCCCACGCUCUCCAGCCGCUGCACACACCUGCUCUGUGAGAGCCAGGUCAGCGGGAUGUUCGCACAGGCCCUCAGGGAGCGGAAGCGGUGCGUCACGGCGCACUGGCUCAACACCGUGCUCAAGAGGAAGAAGAUGCUGCCCCCGCGCCGCGCCCUGCACUUCCCCGUGGCCUUCCCCCCCGGGGGCAGGCCCUGCUCCCAGCACAUUAUUUCUGUGACCGGAUUUGUUGAUGGCGACAGAGAUGACCUGAAGUUAAUGGCCUACCUGGCAGGGGCCAAAUACACAGGCUACCUGUGCCGCAGCAACACGGUCCUCAUCUGUAAAGAGCCAACUGGUUUAAAGUAUGAGAAAGCCAAAGAGUGGAGGAUCCCCUGUGUGAACGCGCAGUGGCUCGGGGACAUUCUGCUGGGGAACUUCGAGGCUCUGCGGCAGGUCCAGUGCAGCCGCUACACGGCGUUCAAUCUGCCCGACCCCUUUGCCCCCAGCCCGCACCUCGUGGUCAAUCUGCUGGAUGCGUGGAGAGUCCCGCUGAAGGUGUCGGCCGAGCUGUUGACGGUUGUAAGACCACCCCCCAAACUGAAGCAGAACGAAGUAACGAACGUCCAGCCUUCUUCCAAGAGAGCCAGAAUUGAAGACAUACCGCCUCCCACUAAAAAGUUAGCCCCUGAACUGGCGCCUUCCGUGCUGUUCACGGGGUUUGAGCCUGUGCAGGUGCAGCAGUACGUCAAGAAGCUCUACAUUCUCGGGGGCGACAUUGCCGAGUCUGCGCACAAGUGCACGCACCUGAUCGCCAGCAAGGUGACACGCACGGUCAAGUUCCUGACGGCCGUGUCCGUGGUGAGGCACAUUGUGACUCCCGAGUGGCUGGACGAGAGCCUAAAGUGCCAGAAGUUUAUUGAUGAGCAGAGCUACCUGCUGCGGGACGCCGAGGCCGAGGUGCUCUUCUCGUUCAGCCUGGAGGAGUCCUUGAAGAGGGCGCACGUGUCUCCACUCUUCAAGGCAAAAUAUUUUUACAUCACUCCUGGGAUCUGCCCCAGCCUGUCGACCAUGAAGGCGAUUGUGGAGUGUGCGGGAGGAAAGGUGUUGUCCAGACCCCCGUCCUUCCGGAAGCUCCUGGAACACAAGCAGAAUAAGAGUCUGUCCGAGAUCGUCCUGAUCUCCUGCGAGAACGACCUGCACCUGUGCCGCGAGUACUUCGCCCGAGGCCUCGAUGUUCACAACGCGAGUUCGUGCUUCACGGGGGUGCUCACGCAGACGCUGGACUACGAGUCAUAUCCUUUGUGA